GAGGAACGGAAGACCUAAAGCCCAUAUCCUUUCUUCAACCUAAAGAUUUUAUUUUAUUUUUAAAUUAAAAUUAAGUUAACAAAAUUGUCUGUUAGAGCCAAAAAUACUAACCCUCUUAAAAUUUACAACCACCGUAGGGUUUUUUCCUUUCUUCUUCAUUUCACAUAAUCCUCCAUAAUCAACUCUACUUACUCGCCAAAUUUAUCACCCAUGCCUCGUCGAAGAGAGGAAGACGAAGACGAUGUGGAUGACGAGUAUGAUGACGAGCAGGCCUUGGACGACUUGGAAGACGAAGAGGAGGAAGACGAUCGUUCCAAUAAGAAACGCAGGAGAUCUGAAUUCAUUGAUGACGUGGCUGAGGAGGACGAGGACGAGGAAGAUUAUGACGAUGAUGAUGAAGAUUACGUCGGUGGGAGAAAGCCUAAGGCCAAGAGACGGACUGGGUCGGAGUUUUUCGAUCUGGAGGCUCAAGUUGAUAGUGACGAAGACGAGGAGGAAGAAGAAGGAGAGGACGACUUCAUAGUUGAUGGUGGAGCUGACCUACCUGAUGAUGUUGAUGGUCGAGGGAUUCAUCGUCGUCCACUGCUGCCUCGGGAGGAUGAGGCAGAAGAUGUUGAAGAUCUUGAGAGAAGAAUUCAGGCAAGAUAUGCGAGGUCAAGCCAUACGGAAUAUGACGAGGAAACCACAGAUGUGGAGCAGCAAGCACUUUUGCCAUCUGUUAGGGAUCCAAAGCUUUGGAUGGUUAAAUGUGCGAUUGGCCGUGAACGAGAGGCUGCUGUCUGUCUAAUGCAAAAGUUUAUAGAUAAAGGAGCUGAGCUGCAAAUUAGGUCUGCUAUUGCACUUGAUCACCUGAAAAACUACAUAUAUGUUGAAGCAGAUAAAGAAGCCCAUGUGAAGGAGGCAUGCAAAGGUCUGCGAAAUAUAUAUUCCCAGAAAGUAAUGCUCGUUCCUAUAAGAGAAAUGACUGAUGUUCUUUCAGUUGAAAGCAAAGCAAUUGAUCUUUCUAGGGAUACUUGGGUCAGAAUGAAGCUUGGAAGUUACAAGGGAGACCUUGCCAAAGUUGUUGAUGUGGACAAUGUUCGACAGCGAGUAACAGUGAAAUUAAUUCCAAGAAUAGAUUUGCAAGCUCUUGCAAAUAAGUUGGAAGGUAGAGAUGCUCCAAAGAAAAAGGCAUUUGUCCCUCCUCCACGUUUUAUGAAUGUUGAUGAAGCUAGGGAAUUGCAUAUACGCGUAGAGCGUAGACGAGAUCCAAUCACUGGUGAUUAUUUUGAGAAUAUUGGUGGCAUGCUGUUCAAAGAUGGAUUUUUGUACAAAACAAUGUCAACAAAAUCCAUUAGUGCAGCGAACAUAAAACCAACUUUUGAUGAACUUGAAAAAUUUCAAACACCUGGAGAGAAUGGAGAAAGUGAUAUAGCUAGUCUUUCAACUUUAUUUGCAAACAGAAAAAAAGGGCAUUUUAUGAAGGGUGAUGCAGUUAUUGUCAUCAAGGGAGAUCUAAAAAAUUUGAAAGGAUGGGUUGAGAAGGUUGAUGAAGAAAAUGUGCAUAUCAGACCAGAAAUGAGAGGACUUCCUAAAACUCUUGCUCUCAAUCAAAAAGAACUAUGCAAGUAUUUUGAACCUGGGAAUCAUGUAAAAGUUGUCUCGGGGACGCAGGAAGGUGCUACUGGCAUGGUUGUAAAGGUUGAACAGCAUGUUCUGAUAAUUGUGUCUGAUACCACCAAGGAACAUAUCCGUGUAUUUGCCGAUGAUGUUGUGGAGAGCUCUGAGGUUACUACUGGUGUAACGAAAAUUGGGGACUUUGAGCUUCAUGACCUUGUGCUAUUGGAUAACAAUAGCUUCGGUGUUAUCAUACGUGUGGAAAGUGAAGCGUUUCAGGUUUUGAAGGGAGUUCCUGAUAGACCAGAGGUUGCUCUUGUUAAAUUGAGAGAAAUAAAAUACAAGAUUGAAAAGAAAUCUAACGUGCAAGAUAAGAAUAAGAAUACUGUCUCAGUGAAAGAUGUUGUUAGGAUUCUUGAGGGUCCAUGCAAAGGCAAGCAAGGUCCUGUAGAACACAUAUUUAGAGGAGUUCUGUUCAUCUAUGAUCGACAUCAUCUUGAACAUGCUGGCUUUAUAUGUGCUAAAGCCAGUUCUUGUACUAUUGUGGGUGGAUCACGUGGCAAUGGUGAUAGAAAUGUUGAUGCCUUUAGAUUUAAUAAUCAUAGACCUCCACCUCGUGUGCCCCAGUCUCCAAGGAGGUUUCCUAGAGGAGGCCAUCAAAAUGAUUAUGGAGGAAGGCAUAGAGGUGGAAGAGGAGGGCAUGAUCCUCUUAUUGGAACUACGGUAAAAAUUCGCCAAGGUCCUUUCAAGGGCUACCGUGGUCGGGUUGUGGAAAUUAAGGGACAAUCAGUUCGUGUUGAGUUGGAGUCACAAAUGAAGAUUGUUACAGGCAAGUUUCUGCUAAAUGAUCUCAUUUCUUUUUCCUGCUUCUCUGUAUGGACAAUUAACAACUUAUUAUUUGCAGUUGAUCGGAGUUAUAUCUCUGACAAUGUGGUUGUUUCAACACCGUACCGUGAUGCUCCUCGUUAUGUUAUGGGAAGUGAAACUCCAAUGCAUCCUUCGCGAACUCCACUGCAUCCAUACAAUACUCCAAUGAGAGAUGCUGCAGCAACACCAAUUCAUGAUGGCAUGAGGACACCAAUGCGUGACCGGGCAUGGAAUCCUUAUACACCAAUGAGUCCACCAAGGGAUAUUUGGGAGGAGGGAAACCCUGCUUCCUGGGGAACCAGUCCACAGUAUCAGCCAGGAAGUCCACCUUCACGUCCUUAUGAAGCACCUACACCUGGCUCAGGCUGGGCCAAUACUCCGGGUGGCAACUAUAGUGAAGCUGGAACACCAAGAGAUAACAGUUCUGCUUAUGCCAAUGCUCCAAGUCCUUACCUGCCAUCAACUCCAGGUGGGCAGCCUAUGACGCCAAACUCAGCCUUCUAUCUUCCUGGAACUCCUGGAGGGCAGCCAAUGACCCCAGGAACUGGUGGUCCGGAUGCUAUGUCUCCUGUUAUAGGAUCAGACAAUGAAGGACCGUGGUUAAUGCCAGACAUCUUGGUUAAUGUACGUAAGUUGGGGGAGGAUUCUGGCAUGGGAGUUAUACGAGAAGUGCUUCCGGACGGAUCUUGUAGAGUGGUGCUUGGGUCAAGUGGUAAUGGUGAUACAAUAUCAGCCCUUCCCACAGAAAUAGAAAUAGUUGUGCCGAGGAAAAACGACAAGAUCAAGAUCAUGGGUGGUGCACUGCGUGGUGCCACUGGGAAAUUAAUUGGUGUGGACGGUACAGAUGGAAUUGUUAAAGUAGAUGACACACUGGAUGUUAAGAUAUUAGACAUGGUUAUAUUAGCAAAAUUAGCCCUGCCAUAAUACGCCAUUAACAUGCCUGUAAACCAAAAUUCAUAAUGUAUAUUGUUCUUGAUGCGUAAUUUUGAGGAUUUCAUGUCAUUGAUGAAA